GCGUCACCGGCAGCCGCGUACGUCCGUAUCGCAAUUGAGUGGCCGGCGAAAGUUCGUGUUUUUCGUCUCGACGUCGUAGAAGUUCUGAUGACUCUUGUGUGUUAUUGUGCGUGACUUCUAAAUUAUUUAUAUUUUUUCUGAUUUCGUAGAGUAUUUUAUGAGUGUUUAUAUAGUGAUUUGGUGUUAAGGAAAUUCGUUGAGAGUCUUGAUCGUGCGGCCAUUCACUUGUGUGUGUGCGCGUGUGCUUGGGUGGAUAUUUGAGUGUUUUUUUUUUUUACUUUGGUCACAUUUUUUUUUUCUUGAAAUGACUGACAGCAGCUAUAAUUCGCCUGCCAGGAGUUACGGGUCACCAGCUAGGAGCUUAAAAAUGUUAGACAGGGUAUACGGUUCUCCAGCCAGGUCGUAUUGUGGUGAUCAUUCUUCCGCAACGGAGUCUGAAGGUGAAGAAACGUUGGAGUUAUUAACUGAAAUUCCGAGUUCACCAGACCUAACAAUUUUAGAUGGUUGGCUAAAAUUCAGGGACAACAAGAAAUGGAGACACAGAUGGGGCGUUAUGACAAAACUAUCACCAGCUGCAGGUGAGUUAGUUAUUUUGUUUAUAUAUUUUUACAUUAUGAUUUGUGUAAUGAAAAGGUACUGUGUAACUAUAUAUUUUAAUUAAUCAGGAUGGGUUUAUUAACUAAUUAUCACCCAUCGUGCAAAUAUUAUAAUGGAAAUGCAUUCCCGGUUUUUAUAUUUUCCACUCAAAAUGUUUGUUGAUAUUUACAACCACUGAUGAUUUCAACCUUUAAUACCGUUUUAUUCAGGAAAGGUUAAAUGUUUGUUUUUUAAAGGGUCAAAUAUGUUAUGUUGGCAUUUAAUAGGGCAGUAUGUGUACUUUU